UGCGACCACCGUGCAUGCCAUAUGAGGGCCCCUUCCGGGUUGUCGUCGUCAACCUGGACAUGAAUGAGGAUGAUGGUGAUUGUGUUGCACAUGUGUGUGUGUCCUCGCCCGUGACGGCCGAGUGGAGCGAGCCGGGCUCUGAUUCUCAUUUUGAUGGAUGGAGCAAGCCGUGCUCUGCUCUUCAUCUUGUUAUAGCCGAUCCGCUCAUUGAUUCACUGCCUCCUGUCCUCGUCGACAACGCACUUCACUUCAGGCUUACGUUUGAUGAUGAGCGUGUAGGGAUUCUCAAGUACGACUUGAGCUCUAAUUGCUUAUCACUGAUUGAUGCGCCGCUUACGAGGCCGGCCAUUGUCUGGCCCGCUAUCCUCAUGGCAAUGGAGGAUGGCAGCUUGGGGUUGGCACACUUGGGUGGGUUAAUCCUCCACCUAUGGUCAAGACAGAUAGGUUCCCACGGAGUUGCGUCAUGGACUCAGCGUAAAGUCAUCGAUCUCAAGGAACUUCUCCCCAUUCAAAAUCCCAAGAAAAGAAUUAGCGUUAUUGGGUCUGUGGAAGGCCAUGAUAUCAUUUUCGUGACCAUAGAUCUUGGCAUCUACGAGAUUAAUUUGAAGACACUACGGUGGAAGAAGCUAUGGAAGAGAGAAAAUUUCCGCUCUUUGAUUCCAUACAUGAGCUUCUACAAUCGGCAAGAAAAGGUGACGCCCUGCAAGCCAUUGACAACAUAUGCUUGAAUAUGCUUAAGGGCAGGAGUCCAUUCUCAUCAACAUGAGAAAUGACUAUUUGAAGGCGACAUGGGUCUUGUGAUCGGUGUCAGUAUUCGGUAACUGUUUUAAUGCAGUGGUGCUUAUUUUCUCAGUGUUUUUGGAUUUUGUCAGCAAGUUUGAGAUUUUCCCUGCGUUAAUGGUGUGUGUAAGCAGGCUAAUGAAUUAUCUCGUAAUGAACUUCCAAUUUCUUCAGCAUCAGUUAUUUGCUUAGUUUUUUAAUUAGCUUGAAAAUGUACCGUGGGCACUGGCUUUGUCUUACC